UCGGAGAGCGUGUGCUCGGCGACCGCGGGCUUGGCCAGCGGCGCGCGCUCGGCGCCCGGCGCCCCCAGCCCCACGCGCGCCGGGCGGGCGCCAUGGAGGAGGGCUCCAGCUCGCCCGUGUCCCCCGUAGACAGCCUGGGCACCAGCGAGGAGGAGCUCGAGCGGCAGCCCAAGCGCUUCGGCCGGAAACGGCGCUACAGCAAGAAGUCGAGCGAAGAUGGCAGCCCGACCCCCGGCAAGCGCGGCAAGAAGGGCAGCCCGAGCGCGCAGUCCUUCGAGGAGCUGCAGAGCCAGCGCAUCCUGGCCAACGUGCGCGAGCGCCAACGCACCCAGUCGCUCAACGAGGCCUUCGCUGCGCUGCGCAAGAUCAUCCCCACGCUGCCCUCGGACAAGCUCAGCAAGAUCCAGACGCUCAAGCUGGCCGCCAGGUACAUAGACUUCCUCUACCAGGUCCUGCAGAGCGACGAGAUGGACAAUAAGAUGACCAGCUGCAGCUACGUGGCCCACGAGCGCCUCAGCUACGCUUUCUCCGUGUGGCGCAUGGAGGGCGCGUGGUCCAUGUCCGCCUCCCACUAGCGCCGCGCCACCCACGUCCGGACCGGCGCGCCAGGACUGUCCCGCGGGGCUGAGCGCACGUGGAACUGGGGUGCAUCCGAGUCUGUAACUUCUGAAACCCGAAUGACCUCCGGGAAGCCCCCCCUCUCAGUGCUCCAGCACGGUGCCUAGACCAGGGCACAGCAACAGACCCCGGACCGCACGGCCCCCUCCCCGAGACGGUCCCCGCAGAGGAAGUGGCGCUCGUGGUCCUUCUUGCCGGUGACAUGUUCAUUGCCAUCCUCGCCACUGUUUGAGGGUGGGAACAGACCCAGGCCUGGGUUUUAUUUUUUUAUUUUUAUGUUUUGAGGGGGGCGGGGAUUUAUUCUUUCUGAAAAUCGCUAAAUUCAGGAACACAUUUUACAAGGAUUUUGGAUUUGUAUUUCCCUCUAAGUGCCUUUUUUUUAGUGUAUAUUUUAAAAAAUAAGCCAGAAAUGCCUUCCUGUACAAUUCUGUUUAAACUGGACCAAGGCUCUCAGAAAAAGAACCUCGUGCUUCCUUCCCACCCCCAAGCCCCUGCAUGAUUGUCUCAAGGAAGCCUGGAAUUCUUCUCACUUCUCCCCUUUCUCUUUCUCCGUGAUUUGCUCAGCUAACCUUUUUUUUUUUUUUUUUUUCUGUUUCAGUGUAUAUGUUGCUUAUUUGUUUUAUUUAUUGAGAUAUUUUUAACAAGCUCAGUGACUGCACUGUGGCUUUGUAU